AUGGCCGCGCAUAGGACAAUGUCAGAGCUCUGCGAAGCCGUCAACUUCCUUGUGCGUCUGCGUGGACUCUCUGUACGUCCCCUAUUUAGCCUUUGUCCCAGUUAA